UGUUAAUUGAGGUGAAGAGGUUUCGUUCUUGACGUUUGGCACACGAAUCCAUGCUACCCUACGUAUAGUACUGUAGAGGCGAUUUUGCGUCAGCCCUAGAAAACAUAUUUUUGCAUAUAACGAGUCGUCCAUUCAUCUCCGACUAAUCUUAGUGGUAUCUACCACCACAGAGAAGUUAUGCAGGUCGAUGAAGCAUUCACGUAAGAUCACCGACGUCCACCACACGUACUUUCGACCGGCUAUUGAGGACAGUGUCCUACUAGCGGUGCUUGCCUGCCUGCCCGCCUACCGAGACUUGGAUCACGGUUUAGGAUGGAUCGUUGAACCCGCGCGCGAGGAAGGUGAAACACCGAUUCGAAAAAAAAACUUCAGCGAGAAGUGUGUCACUGAGACGCAAGUCGUGACGUAGCCAGUGAAAUGACAAAGGUGGGGAACAGAUGAGACCAACCGGAGAGAAAGAGAGAAAGCACAACUCGAACUUGGAGUUCCUUGAAAACUUUGCUCAUGGUCGAUGAUUUACCUUGGAGAGAAGGAUCUCUCUCCCUCCAUUUCGUCCCUCAUGUAAGACUUUUUAUAACGGGGCUAUUUCAAACAAGCACUAUGGAUGUUAAACUAAAUGACUAACAAUAAGUAACGCAUAUCACGAAAUGUGCAAAAACUUCAAUUUUGCAUGUAAACAAUUUAUUUCAAAGAAUAAAUGAAGUGUUCAGUGGGAAAAUGACAAUUGUGACACGAGUAUCUUCUUUAAAAUCAACUAUAUAAUCCAUGAUAUAAUCGUACUUACGAUGAGAGGGCUGAAUACUCCGUGGCAAUUAUAAUAAAUGCCGCGAGACUUAUUAAUGAUUAAUACUAAUGGAGAAAUACAAAAUCUAAAGAAGAAUUGUGAUCACUGAAUUUCAAAACUAGCAGUUACGUUUUAGUAUGGAAUUGCAUAUACAUGCAUAUAAUAUAAUAAAUAUAAAGUUUAACAUAUUGUACGUAUAAACUUUUAAUUAUAUUUAAAACAAAAUGUCCUUGAUGAUAGUUAAGCUCAAUUGUAUCAACAUGUUUACUUUAUCUCUUCUUCUCUAUUAUACUUAUCAAUUUCCUCGUUGAAAUGAAAUGGUCUGUACGAAAGUAUACUUUGUUUUCUGGGAACACGACAAUAUGUAGCAAUUUACCGGGUAUUAUAUUUCUUAACUGCAUCGUAAAUGACAGUACACUCAUAAUUACAUCUCUAUACCGAGACGAUAAGUAUCGACGAACGUUGCAUCAGGUUAUUAAUAAGUCAUUAAUUUAAAACCGUACAGGAAUGGCUAAAGUUGAUGCGAACGCAUUUAUUCGUAGUACCUUCAGAAUUCUUGUCGCGUAUACUUUGCUGUAUAUUAGAUAAUUUUACUGAUAGGUAGUAAUCGCGAAGUGAAACAAUUUUACUACAGGCGUACAUUGCAAUUCUUGGCUGACAGUAUACAAAUUUUUUACUCAUUAAUACAUAUAUACAUGAACUUAUUGUUUUUAAUAUAGUAGUAACUGUAAAAAUGCAGAUACUCUCUUUGAAUUUCUUGUUAUACACCAUUGGUGGCAUAUGGCGACCAAUAGAAUGGUCUUCAAAUUGUUCUAAGUUAUUGUACAGUUUGUUCACUUUUUUCUCGAUAUAUUCGUUACUCAUUUUGCUCGUGACUCAAUUUCUGGAUAUCGUUUUUAUUAUUAACGAUAUAGAAGAUUAUAUUACAAAUAUUAUGAUUUUACUUUCGGUUAUUAGUUGUGUGACCAAAAUGUUUGUAGUUGUUAUUCGUCGCGAUAAAAUAAUUAAUAUAAUCGAAAUACUGCAAGAAAAACCAUGCAAAGCUUGUACCGAAGAUGAGAUGAAUAUCCAACUAAAAUUCGAUCGUAUAAUCAGGUCACAUUCUAUAAGCUAUCUGCUUUUGGCAAUGGUUUCUGCAACGGGGACUGUAGCAGGUGGGCUACUCGAUACUUUGAAAGGCGAAUUACCUUACAAUACAUGGGUACCUUAUGAUUAUACUUCAUCCCUGUCACUGUGGCUUACGUCUCUUCAAGAGUCCAUAGCUGUGAUUUUGGGCACAUUUAUAAACGUUGCUACGGAAACAUCGGUAUUGGGAUUUUGCUUGCAAACGUGCGCACAACUUGAAAUCCUCAAACAUCGUCUUCAGAGAAUGGUGAAUUCUACGGAAGGAAUUCCUGAACAUUUCCCACUUCAUACGCCACAGAGAAUGGGCAGAGUGUCAGAAUACGUUUGUCAUCACCUGUCCAUAAUCAGAAUUGCGAAAAUGAUCAACGACGUCUUCAGCGAAGUGAUCUUUGUCCAGUUUUUCGCCAGCAUAUUAGUAUUGUGUUCGAGUCUGUAUCAUCUGUCUUCUCAUGCAAUCGUUGACGUCGCUCCAUUAAUAGUCUACGCAUUUUGCAUGUUUGUGCAAAUUUUUGUUUAUUGCUGGGCUGGGAAUGAAGUUAUACUUAAGAGUACAGAAUUGAGUGAAGGUGUAUACCAAGUGGACUGGACAUUAAUAACAGUCAGUGAACGAAGAGAUUUAUUGAUGAUUAUGAAGCGUAGUACGAGACCCAUCAAACUUACCAGCAGUUUUCUGGUUACUUUGUCCUUGACUUCUUAUAGUAAUCUUCUGAAGGCAUCUUACUCUGCAUUCAACGUUUUGCAACAAUCUUGAAACUUUAUCAUUUUUUAAUAUAUUAAUAUAAUGUGUACAACAAUU